AUGGCGGACGAUCAGUACAUGGGAGAAAAUGGGGCCAUGAACAAUGCACAGUACUAUCAGCAAGUUCCACAAAGAAACGUAGUGAUGAACAGACCGGCAUUGCAAACAGAACCUUCUGUCUCCAUUGUAAGGUAUGUGCGAUUUCAUACUUUUCAGAAAGACUUUUAACA